UAGUUAUCAUUAAUAUAGAUGUUGUCGGGGCUUGAGUGUUUGACUAUAAGAGCAAGUUUGUUAAUGUUCGUCUAGUCAAAUCAUCUUUUGAUUGACUCGAAUUCGCAUUUAAAAUUAGAAAUAAAAAGUGUUUGUGGAAAAAUUAGAGAUGAAUGGUUUGGUUGACUCAGUUUACUUGACCAAAUAGUUAAAACUUAAAGAUUUGAACGUGUUUGACUAAAAUUUACCAUAUCCAAUUUAAAGUUAAAUUAGCUAUGAGAACCCUAUCUGAUGACUAGUUACGGGUUGAACUUCGAGUUUUGAGGUUUCUCGACCAAUGAUUAUUGCAGUUAUUAUAAUAAAUUAUUAUUUGGUCAUUAAUAUAUAAAUAAUUACUUAAGUAUAUAUAUAUUAAUAUUUAUUAUUAUAUAAUGAUUUUUUUGUAAUAAUAUUAAAUAAAUUUGAUAAAUCUAUUUUAUAAUAAUAUGAUUUAUUUAUUUUUCACUUUAUUUGCAUCCCCUACUUUUGCAUCCAACCAAUAAUUUCCCCCUCUACUUACACCUUCCACCAAUUUAAACCCCUGUAAUUUACCUAUUAACUUGCGUCCCUUGUUGCCAAAUGUAGAGUUAGUAUACUUUUUUUUAACUAUUUUAAGACGACAGUUAAGCCAUAUUCAGGACUACUAAUAGCAUAUUCCUAAUUUAAAGGUACUAUAUGGACUAAUAUACCUUGACAAGAAUAAAGGGGACAACAACAAGUUUUGAAUGCUGAAAACUUGGUAAUAUUCCACUAUUUAUUAUUUUUGGAUGUGUGAAUACAAUUUAUUAGCCAAACUUCAAAUGAUUAGCCAAACCUAAUACAAAAUAUUAACCAAACCUUUUUUAAUACAUUGAAAUAGGCAUUUGUAUGUUAUUGUUUAUAAUUCUGUAACUUUUUACUAAAAUUUUAGAAUAUUGACCACCAUGUGUCUUUUAAAAGUCAGUAUUAUGUUGGCAAAUCAAUAUUUAUAACAAAAUUGCUAACAAAAAGUUAACAUUUGGUUACUACUUUUUAUUUUGAAAAUUUUGCCUAAUAAUUUUAAAAAAUUAAAAUGUUUGAUUAAUAAAUUAUAUUUACUUUUAUUAUUUGAUCUGCAACUCUUCUAUUCUAUGUUGGGGAAGUAAGCUGGAAGGACUUUGACAUCUGGGCCAAAUAUUUAAGAAAAAAUAUGGGCUGCUAGGGAACUUAUCGAGCUGGGCCUUCUGUAGCUCACUAGUCCGUUUACCCGGCUGACCUAGAUAUAUAACCAGCAGCUGCUAAGGUUGUUGCCGUCCACAACCAGCUGCAGGAGCUCCAAUCCAAGGACGAAAAUGGUGAAGGGACGUCAGGGAGAGCGCGUCAGACUCUAUGUUCGAGGAACCGUUCUAGGUUACAAGAGGUCGAAGUCGAACCAGUACCCGAGCACGUCUCUGAUUCAGAUCGAGGGAGUGAACACCAAGGAAGAGGUGAACUGGUACCAGGGCAAGCGCUUGGCGUAUGUCUACAAGGCUAAGGUCAAGACCUACGGGAGCCACUACCGUUGCAUUUGGGGCAAAGUCUCUAGGCCUCACGGUAACAGUGGUGUUGUCCGAGCUAAGUUCAAGUCCAACCUGCCUCCCAAGUCCAUGGGCGACAAGGUCAGGGUCUUCAUGUAUCCAAGCAACAUCUAAGCCUCUUAAGGUAAACUUCGCGUUAACCUUUAUGUUUCUCUAUAAUGCAACCGUUUGAUUGAUGACUGAGUUGAGUGGAGAAUUUGUUGGGUAUUUUAGCUGUUAGGUUACAGUCUUGAUUCCAUUUGGGGAUCACAAUGUGUUGGUUCUAGGUGAAUGUGCUCCAGGAAUGAAUAUAGAUUGGACAUGGGUUAAGGUAGAAAUGAAUGUGGAUUAGGUUGCAAUAGUUGUUGUAAGAUUUAGAUAUAUGCAGACGGGAUUCUCUAUUCUUCAGAUGGAACUACCUCUGUAGGGUUAUUACUUAUUAUCCUCUAACUGUAAAUGCUCCUCUGGUGUGAACUUCUGUCGCAUUCUGCUAUUGUGGCUGCUGUUAAGCAGCAAAUUGUGAUUGGUCUUUUAUUUAUUUGUAUAUCAGUUUUAGCUUCCUGCUCUUUUCUAGUAUGUAGUUGUGCUCUGGCCUCUAAAUUGCAUCUCUCUCAUUUCUUAGUGCUCCAGGUGAUGCAUCGCUGAAGCUGAUCAAUAUGGGAUCCAUCUUGCAUGGAGCUGCUGAGUUCUAUAGAUUUUGGAUGUGGGAGAGAUACUAGUUAGCUUUAUUUUAUUUCCUUUCAAUGAGUAUGUACUGAUUUUGGUACCCUAGUGUUACAGUUAUCAGAUUGUGUUGUGGGUAUCUUUAGAUUCUGGGUUCUCUAUUCAAUUCUUCGAAUUCUCUAGCGCUAUCUAGUUUUGUUUCUACAUCGUAAACGUUGGCCUUAAUUGUUAUAAGUAUUCCUAAAUUUAAUGAGGAGGGCUAAUGUUACUAGAAAUACUAAUCUUUAGCAAGAUUGUCAUUUUAUACGUAGGUUCGUGUUAUUUAUGUUACCUGAACCUUUAGUUGAUUGUUAGAGUUAAUAGUUGACCCGACAAUGAUCAACCAUGUGUUUUUGUGCCAUGUAAGAAAGUAUAUUUAAAGUUUAAAUAAAUUUUUAAUAAUUAACCAAUAAUUUAUAUUUAUAAUUGAAGUAUGUUUGCCUAGCUUUCCCUUUGUGAUAUUUUUUUAAAGAAAAGUAGAGCGUUUGAAGGGCAUCCCAACUUUUAUUCAAUAACAAAAUGAAUCGGUUGAACUCAAUAAUGUCAUGGUAUAAUC